GCCUCCACCCGCCACACCCGCUGGCAGCUAAAGCCCCUGCCUCGGCUGGGGGCAUUGGGUGCCAAGGAGCCCUUUGCCCUUUUAAGGCCCGGGGUGGGCGUUGGCUGGGGCUGUCCAGGAUGCCGAGAUCCUGGUCUGAAGCAAAAGGCUGCGGUGUUAGGUGCGACCAGGCUGGCUGGGUAACAACCUGCUCCCUGGAAGGAGGCGAAGAUGGGGGAGCCCGGCAGCCCCGCACUCCAGGCUGCUCUCUUCGAGCUGUGCCCCAGCAGCGCCGGACCGAGCCCAGACCCCCCAUUCGCCCUUCCAGAGCCGGCUCCCCCCCCGGAGAAGGGCUUUGAGACGUGGGCAGUCAGCGGGGGCAGCGGGCUGAACGACAGUGAGCCCGAGGACUUCCUCAACGUGCUCAUCAACCCUAACGAGGUGUACAGCCUGGGCAGCGCGCAGGCCUCCCCGGGCAGCGACAGCGGCAUCUCGGACGAGCCCGGCUCGGACAGCCCCCAGCCCGGCGAAGGGGCCCCCGCCGCCUUCUGCACCGUCGUCUGCGACCCGGGCGAAGCCCUGCACAGCGACGUGGUCUCCAUCCAGCUGGGUGACUGGUCACCCCCCUUGCUGAUCCCUGACGCCUGCAUCGUGAAUGAGCUGCCGUCUGCACCCCCGUCCGCCGUGGCCAGGCCUGGCACGGUGCCCGUGCUGGUGAGCGCUGGGGACAUGCAGGCAGCUGUGGCCCUGCAGCUGCAGUUCCCGGAUCUGUUCCUGACGGACGAGGAGAAGCGGCUGCUGUCACAAGAGGGGGUGUCCCUGCCCAGUAACCUGCCGCUCACCAAGGCCGAGGAGCGGCUCCUGAAGAAGGUGCGGAGGAAGAUCCGGAACAAGCAGUCGGCCCAGGACAGCCGGCGGCGGAAGAAGGAAUACAUCGACGGGCUGGAGAGCCGGGUGGCAGCAUGUUCAGCCCAGAACCAGCAGCUGCAGAAGAAGGUGCAGGAGCUGGAGAAACACAAUGUGUCCCUGCUGGGCCAGCUGCGAAAGCUGCAAGCGCUGAUCAAACCCACGUCCAGCAAGGCAGCACAGACCAGCACCUGUGUCCUGAUCCUGAUCUUCUCCCUGGGACUCAUCCUCUGCCCCAGCUACAGCCCCCUGCGCGGGGGGGCGCAGGGCAGCCAGGGCGGCUACCAGCCCACGGGAGUGAUCUCCAGGAACAUCCUGAACCAGGGGGAGUUCUCAGAACUGGCCGAAGCCCCCGGCACCCAGGAGCCGCCGGCCCCAGAGCCUGAACCACCCCUGGGGGAGCAGCUGGGGCCCGAGGCUGCGGUGGAGGAUGGAGUGGAAGGGGCAGACGGGAGCCAGAAGGGCACAAACGUAUCCGCUCAGGCCCAGCUGGAGCAGCCGGCGGCUCCCAUGGGGCUGCCCCAGGGGAACGGACCUGGAGCCAGCAGGGACGCAGCUAAGUCAGCGCAUGGCGACGAGAUGUGAGGGCAGCAGGGACCAGACGGGCCGGAGAGCUGCGUUCCCAGGGCAGGGCAGCGACAAACCACAGCAGACGCGCAAAGGAAGCAAAUUCUGACGGCACUUUGGCUAAAACGGUGUUUGAUCCCCCCCUUGGCAGCCCAGGUAAGAAAGGUGUGAAACGAGGGAGCCGGGUUCCCCGAAACUCUCCCCAGCCUGCCUGGAAAUGGUAGCGCGGCGGGUGAAUUGGGAGAGCGGUUAAAGCAUCUCAGAGUCACGGACGAUUGUGUGUUGAUCGCCGAAAACACCAUCAGGCUCCAGAACACGCGGCGAGAACUCGACACACGAAGCCGCCACGUGGGACUGAAGAUUCACCGCUCCAAAGGGAAAUGCCCUCGGUCGGGCACCUGGCCAGAAGCCCGAAUAACAGUCAGUGGCGAACCAGUGGAAGAGGCCAAGACAUUUCCAUGCGCCCUGCUCAGGAAGCUGAACUCUGCAAAGGCAGCAGGAACUUGGUGCACAUUCAGUUCUGGCCAGGAGGCUUCUGACUGGAAGGAAAUAAGUAGCCAGAGUCAAGCUCCCCCCAGCUCCACCCACAAUUCCACAUUGCCCAGCUGGUUCUACUGAAAUGCUCAGACAGGCAAUUGUCCACCAUUAGGUUCCAGAGUCAGCACCGUACCCCAGGCUGCUGGCGCCUCUCUCUGUGCUCUCUGCUGACCCGGGGGUGCAGCACCGUGGCGGGGGGGGGAGGGGCAGUUUCGUGGGAACCAAAAGGGCUGGAAAUGUUCCGUUUUAGACAAAAGCUUUAAUGCUGCCGGCUGCACCAGGCGCAGAUGGGAAAAGGCCGGUCUGGGCAGAGCCUGCCCCUGGCGCGUUGCAGGGAGCUGGGUUCGUAUCGCAGGGAGUGCUAGUGGCACAGCUGUUUUCUAGUAUGAGCCCCCACCCACCCCGUGCCAGUGGCGUCUCCAGUUAAUAAAAUAUCCUGUUUAGUUUUCACCUGGCUCUGGGUUGGUCUGGGACAGGUGGCUCCGGGUGCAGAGCAUGAGCACACAUUGCCACGAGGAUCUCAAAGCACCUAAUGGGCUCUGCAGAAACAUCGGGCUUGCUUCACCUAGCACUGAAAUGCAGCUACCUCUGGGGUGGCCUCGGCAGCUGUGCGACAGCAACAUACACAACGGAUUGGGCCAGGAAGUGAAGAAA